UCAAAAAACAACAAUUGAGUUCCCUCUUACACUCUUCAUCCAAAUGGAAAGCAUAAGAAGUUUAGUAGCAGAGAAACCAGUGGUGAUAUUCAGCAAAAGCAGUUGCUGCAUGAGCCAUUCAAUCCAAACACUGAUCUCAGGGUAUGGUGCAAAUAUGACAGUGUACGAGCUUGACCAGUUGUCUAACGGCCAGGAGGUGGAGAAAGCAUUGGUACAGAUGGGGUGUAAGCCGAGUGUGCCAGCUGUGUUCAUAGGGGAACAAUUAAUCGGUGGUGCUAACCAGGUGAUGACUAUCCAUGUCAAGAACCAACUAGCUGCAUUGCUAAGAAGAGCCAGAGCCAUAUGGGUUUAAAGAUUGAGAAGAAUAUAUUGUUUUACCUUUUUUCGGGUUUAGGGUGCACUGUCAAGUGUAGUAAUCACACUCACACAACCCUAGUGGCUCUAAAGAUCUAGAAUUUGUGUAUUCUAAUAAAUAUCAUACUUGUUAUAUCAGCAAAUGCUUAUUCAUAAUUAACAGAGAAACAUAUGCCCUUUUUGAUUAAUCUUUGAAGAAUUUUUUUAACAAAAUGAAAAGGCAUUUCUAUUCAAAAGUGAAGAUGUGCUGACUUUUCAAUUAUAGAUGAAAUGAGAUUUAAAACGCCACUAGCAUGGUCAAGCUUUUGCUCAAAAAAAAAAAAAAAA